AUGAGGAACUUCUGUGCGUUCCAUGCAUUUCUGUCCAUCCUAGAGCUAAGAAAUCAUCAAGAAGCCUUGAGAGAUGCUGAUUGGAUAGUGUCCAUGCAAGAGGAACUCAAUGAGUUCGAAAGGAACAAAGUCUGGCACCUUAAGCCAAAGCCUAAGGGAAAGAAAGUUAUUGGGCUCAAAUGCGUGUUCAGGAACAAGCUUGAUGAACAUGGCAUUAUAGUAAGGAACAAGGCUAGAUUGGUAGUGAAGGGAUACAACCAACAGGAAGGUAUUGAUUUCGCUGAAACCUUUGCUCCUGUGUUUGUUGAACAACCUCUAGGUUUCGAAAAUCCUAAAUUUCCAAAUCAUGUUUUUAAGCUUGAUAAAGCUCUCUAUAGGCUUAAACAAGCUCCAAGAGCCUGGUAUGAAAGACUUUCAAAGUUUCUACUGAAAAAUGAUUUCAAAAGAGGAAAAGUAGACAAAACUCUUUUUCUUAAAUCUCGAGGAACUGAUUUGUUAGCUGUACAGAUCUAUGUAGAUGAUAUUAUAUUUGGUGCUACUAACAAUAGUUUUGCUGAGCUAAUGGGCGGUGAAUUUGAGAUGAGCAUGAUGGGCGAAUUAAAUUUCUUCCUUGGACUUCAAAUAAAGAAAACAGCUGAAGGAAUAAUGAUUCACCAACAGAAGUAUGUCAAGGAACUUCUGAAGAAGUACAACAUGGAGAAUGCCAAGACAAAUCAUACACCUAUGGGAACAACAACAAGACUUAAUGAGGAUCCACAGGGAACAAGUGUAGAUCAAACCAUUUACAGAGGUAUGAUUGGUUCAUUACUAUAUCUAACAGCUAGUAGGCCUAACAUUUCUUUUAGUGUUGGAUUGUGUGAUAGAUUUCAAUCUACUCCUAAAGAAUCACAUCUAACGGCUGUUAAGAGAAUUUUGAGAUACCUUAAAGGAACAGAUGACCUGUGUCUGUUCUAUCCUAGAAGUGAUGACUUUAUGCUUAGAGGAUUCACAGAUGUUGACUAUGCAGGUGACUUAGUCAAUAGGAAAAGCACCUCAGGUAUGGUUCAGUUCCUUGGCUCUUGUCUAGUCUCUUGGGGUUCGAAGAAGCAAAAUACUGCUGCAUUGUCUACUAUAGAGGCUGAGUAUGUAGCACUAGCUGCUAGUUGCUCUCAAGUCCUCUGGAUCAAACAACAGUUGCAUGACUUUGAUAUUUUAACAAAACCCUUCAAUAGAGAAAGGCAUGAGAAGAUGAGAAUGGAACUUGGGAUGAUUAAGUUAUACUGA